CGGUACAGAAAAGAUUGGCACAGAAUUAGUUUUGUAAGGGAAAAAUGGCAGGAUUACUGCAAUGGGCAGCAGACGUAGUUGGAGCUCGCAAUACCCACGAACUAGUUGACGAUGAAAUCCCAAUAAUCUUCACUCAAGACCAACAAAAUUAUGUUCAUCAAUUAGAUCAAAAGGCCUCGUCUUUAAGCCGUUCGAUUCAAGAUUUACGCCUCAGAUUGCCUCCACCGGAUAUCUCUCAACGUCUCCCUCAUCUUCUCGCCCAUUCUUUAGCUUCCAAUGCUGCUCUUGCUUUGCAAUUGAAUGCUCACUCUUCUACUAAGGAACAAGUUCAAUUGAGAGAGGUAACUUUGCUGGAAGAAAAUGCUGCAUAUGAGAAGGCUAUAUCUAAUUGUGAGAAUAGAUUGCAAGAGAAACUGCAGGAAGCUGAUUUGCUUCAGAGGAAGUUACAGGAAAUGGAUGAUGAUGAAGAACAAUUGAGGCAAGAGCUGGAAAAUGCAGAAUUGGCGUCAGACACAAAUCAGUCUAGAAGACCUGGUGAAACAGAAGUUGAAGCUGGACCAGAUACACAAGUUGCAAAAUCCACUUUAUGGGAGAAGUUGGAGAAGAAGAAAGAAGAACUGAAUUCAAUGGAAGAAAUUGUUCGAGAUUUUGAGAAAAAAUGGGCACAAGUUCAGGAUAGUGCAUUUAGGCAGCCUACACCAGUUCAAAGAGAAAAGAUAUUGGAUAAACAACUUCACAGCUCAAUUGAGCAACUAGCAGCAAAACAGGCACAAGCUGAGGGACUGGUCAGCGAAAUCCAUUUGAAAGAGAUGGAGCUAGAAAAGUUAAAUGGAUUGUGGAAGCAGCUUGAGAUUGGCAAUGCAGAUGCUAAUAAUGCUAGGAAUCGGUUUGGAAGAAGCAACUCGGGUAGGGGGUCGUCAUCAUCAUCUUCUUCUUUGGAGUAUGUUGCUGACAAGCUUCCAUAUUCUUGGAGUGGUCGAACAGAACAACAGCAACGGCUCAUGCUAUUGAGGUCGUCUUUUGUCAUCUACAUUCUGUUUUUGCAUGUUUUGGUUUUUAUCAAGAUUUCAUUUUGACUUGGCAUGUACAUACCUUUUGCUUUCUUAAAAAUAUAUAUUCUGGUCAUGAUAUUCUUUCUAUUACUACUGGACCAGGUCUAUUAUGUAUAUUGUAUAGAACUUAGUUUAAUGUUUUUGUAACUGAAAAAUCCAGUUGUAUUAGAAGCACAAUAUAGUUUGCUCUUCCUACUGAA